UAGACUAAGAUUUAUUGCAGGUAGCUAAGAGAGAGAGAGAGAGAGAAGCCUAAAACACACUCUUAACCCAUUUGUUGCUUACAUACCACGUUUCUAUACCUUCCCAAACCUCCAUUUAUGGGCUUCGAUCCUUUAAGCUUAUAAGGUUUUUGGUUUUGUUUUGUUUUGUUUGAUGGUUAUGGAGAAGUUGUGUGAAGGGGUUGGAGAGCAGAUGGAGUUGCCCCCUGGGUUUCGAUUCCACCCGACCGAUGAAGAACUCAUCACCCAUUACUUAUCAAAUAAGGUUCUUGAUUCCACCUUCUCUGCUAUUGCUAUUGCAGAAGUUGAUAUGAACAAGGUUGAGCCUUGGGACUUACCAUGGAAAGCAAGAAUUGGGGAAAAGGAAUGGUAUUUUUUCUGUGUGAGAGACAAGAAGUAUCCGACAGGGCUGAGAACCAACAGAGCCACGGUUGCUGGGUACUGGAAAGCCACCGGAAAAGACAAGGAGAUUUUCCGGGGUAAAUGUCUGGUGGGGAUGAAGAAAACUCUGGUUUUCUACAUGGGCAGAGCUCCAAAAGGUCUCAAAACCAAUUGGGUCAGCCAUGAGUAUAGACUUGAAGGUCAAUUGUCUCUUCAAAACCUUAACAAGCCAUCUAAGGUACAGAAUGACUGGGUACUCUGCAGAGUGUUUCAGAAGAGCUCAGGUGGCAAAAAAGUCCACAUUUCUGGCAUGAUAAGAUGCAACUACCCUACCGGAAAUGCACCCCAGAAUUCCCCUCUUCUUCCACCCUUAUCAGAUUCACCGCCUUGUCACGGCGGCGCCGCCAAGGCCACCAGCUACGUGCACUGCUUCUCCAGCAAACAACAAGAGAUGAAUAUGAAUAUGCUAAACUUUUCACCACUACCCAUUUCUCCAAUAAUCCCCAACACUUUCACUACUACUACCACCACAAAUUCUCUCCAAAUCCCAUUAAUCCCCAUGCAAGAUCCUGCAACCCUGAGGAACUGGCUCGCAAACUAUGGCUUCAAAACAGAGAAUAAGGAGAUAGCGAGUGGAGUGUCUCAGGAAACUGGUCUUAGCACUGACAUAAACACUGAAAUCUCCUCCGUGGGAAAGAGGUGUUUCCAAGAUCAUCAGGACCCUCCAUCAACCCCUCCACCAGGACCACAAGACUUUGACUGCCUCUGGAGUUACUGAGAUUUAAAUAAAUCUUGAAAAAUAGCCCAAAAAUAUAUUUUAAUUACUCUCAUCAUUAUAAUUAUAUUGGUGUGUAGUGAAUUGUGUGUGCAUACAUAUAUAUAUAUAAUCUGAUAAAAACCAAUCUUAACUUGCGAACCGAACUUUUGAAAGAUUGCACCGCAACUACUAUAUAAUUGCACUGUUAUUACGGCUCCUAGAUAUGUGCCUGUGGACUUUGCGGGUGCAAUCAUAUAGUAGGUGUUGUGCAGUCCUUCAAAAGUUCGCAUAUUCCCACG